AUGGCAGGUGGCAGGUCACGCCAGGAGCCAUGCGGAGAGGGAUAUAAUUUGAGCCUCAUUAGCAUUCUAUCCGGAGAUGUGGACAUUUCAGUACUUGUUGACUGUACAAUAGAGACGUUGAUGAUAAAGCUAUUGAUAACCGUCAAAAUCGAUCCAGAAAUGGAACGCAACAUUUCAGGUUGCCUAUCGUUAUUGUAUCAGAUAUCACAUCCGCAUAAUAAGAUUAUCAGACGUACCAUUAAGGGUAAACAGGAUGUCACUGGGCAUUGUCGGGAUCUCCAACAUAAUGGUGCUGAUAAUGGUAACGAAAUUGAUUCAAAGGAUUUGACGUAG